CAGGAGUCUCAUGAUUGCCAAUAUACAAUAUGAAGUUUUUCUUUUUAUCAAAUGACGACGAUCAUAGUGUUUGCCGUUUGAUACCAAUCAGACAGACGAUAACUCGAGAUUGUGAUAUAGUGAAGUCACAGCUCCAUUUCUGUAAAUCAAGAAGUUGCUCCAGGGUGCUGUUUCUUCCUUCAGGCAUUCAGUCAGUGAAUACUUCAUUACCCACAGAACUCGAUUUCCAUGGAAAGAUGUUCUUGGAGAGGCAUUUCAUUGUCGCUUUCACUGCUCUAGCCGUUCUUCUACUCAUCACUAAUCUCAACGUCCUCAAAAUCCAAGUCGUUUUGAGCUCACUGUCUGCAUAAUCAUACACAUCUGCGGUUUUGAAAUAGUUAUAAAUAGCCCC